UCUGGGGCGGAGGCAAUGAUUUUUUCAUACAAAGAUUUUAGACGUUUUUGCUAGGAAGUUAGCAAAUGUAUCGAAGUUUAUGUCAUCUUUGGUCUUGAUAAGUGUUCUGUCCUUGACUAUUUUAGGCAAAAUACCCAAAUCAACACAAACGAACAAAGGAGAGAAAUUUUAACUCCAGUAUGAAAUACAGUGGCUGUAAUUCAAUUGAGAGGUAUAUUUAAGAAAUAAUUCUACUUGGCAUAAAAUACAGAAUUUAGUUAUGACUAAUAUAUAGAAACUCAAAGGUUUCUGAGUGUUUAACGGAAUGACACAACCAAAUCCUGCAAGUGGCUGUUUGUCUGAAUCGGAAAUGCCUGAAGCUGAGUGCUCAAGUGUAUUGGAAAAUGCAAAGCAGAAGAAAUUUUCCUCAGGGUCAGUAGGGGCUGGCGAUUUAGCUCGCCCUAAAGUAGUUACUGUCAAACACCCAGAAUCUAACAAAUUGAAACCGACUGCCAAAAAGAACAAACGAAUUCAAGCCGAUUUAGAUGUAUCCAAAGAAUUCCUUAAAUGCAAAGAACAAAAUGUGAAACGAUUGGAUUUGAGCAAAUCAAACAUAACACAACUACCACCAACUUUGAGAGAUUUGACACAUUUAGCAGAACUUUAUUUGUAUGGAAAUAAAUUAGUUUCAUUACCUCAUGAAAUCGGUUGUUUAACAAGUUUACAGACUCUGGCUUUGAGUGAAAAUGCUUUGACAAGCCUGCCAGAAUCAUUAGUGAGUUUGAAAUCUCUCAAAGUCCUAGAUUUAAGACAUAACAAACUAAAUGAUAUACCAGAUGUUGUCUACAAGCUGACUUCAUUAACUACUCUAUUCUUAAGAUUCAAUAGAAUUAGGGUAGUAGGAGAUGAAAUAAGAAAUUUGAAUGCUCUCACUAUGUUGAGUUUACGGGAAAAUAAAAUAAAGGAAUUACCUGCUGGUAUUGGUGAUCUGAUACACUUAGGAACAUUUGAUGUAUCCCACAAUCAUUUGGAACAUUUACCUGAAGAAAUAGGCAAAUGUAAUAAUUUGUCCACUUUGGAUCUUCAGCAUAAUGAAUUAUUUGAUAUCCCUGAAUCAAUUGGAAAUUUAGAACAGUUAACUAGGUUAGGACUACGUUAUAACAGACUGACUAGUAUACCUGCUUCCCUAAGUAACUGUAAGCACAUGGAUGAAUUUAAUGUUGAAGGAAAUACCAUAAGCAUAUUACCUGAAGGUUUAUUAUCCAGUUUCACAGAACUUACCAGUAUUACCUUAUCCAGGAAUAAUUUUUCUGCAUAUCCAUCAGGGGGACCUUCCCAAUUCACAAAUGUAGAUUCUAUCAAUUUAGAACAUAAUUCAAUUGAUAAAAUUCCUUAUGGAAUAUUUACACGUGCCAAGCAUUUAACCAAGCUGAAUAUGAAGGAAAAUCAACUGACUGCUCUACCUUUAGAUAUAGGAACUUGGGUUAAUAUGGUAGAACUAAAUUUAGGCACAAAUCAGCUGACCAAAUUGCCAGAAGAUAUCCAAUAUUUACAAAGUUUGGAAGUAUUAGUUCUCUCAAAUAAUCUUUUGAAGAAAAUCCCAACAAGUAUUGGAAGCUUAAGAAAGUUGAGAGUACUAGAUUUAGAAGAAAAUCAAUUAGAUCAACUUCCAAAUGAAAUAGGUUUUCUACGAGAACUUCAAAGACUAAUUGUACAGUCGAAUAGACUGACGUCUUUACCAAGAGCCAUAGGACUCCUAUCAAAUCUGCAGUAUUUAAGUGUAGGGGAGAAUCUUUUAGCAUUUCUUCCUCAAGAGAUUGGUACAUUAGGAUCUUUGGAAUCCCUCUAUAUAAACGAUAAUCCGUCUUUGCACAACCUUCCAUUUGAGCUGGCUCUGUGUUCAAAUUUGCAAAUUAUGGGUAUUGAAAAUUGUCCAUUGUCACAAAUACCAGCUGAGAUUAUAGCUGGAGGUCCCUCCUUAGUUAUACAAUUCUUGAAAAUGCAAGGUCCAUACAGGACUAUGUGAUUACCAUGUUGAAUUUGAGGAAUGAAGUAGGUAGGUCAUCUGUUGGUUUCUUACUGAAAUUACUAAUGAAACUAUAAUACUGAUUAUGAAUCAUGAGUUGCUUUAUUCAUCUAAAUAACUUGAUCAUUAUUUUGUGACUGUUGAAUUAAGUUAUGCCAUCCUAUUGAAACUUAACUAUUCAUAAUUAAAAGAUUAAUAGCAUACUCCUUAUUCAAUAAAAAUUCAAAUUUUUCAAGGAUAGAAGGAACUUUUUCGAACAGAUUUUUCAAUACUUAUUGGUCAAUAUGUAAAACACAGCAAUGUUAUUCUACAAGAUAUUACCAAAUGAGUGCGAAAGUUUUUAGGGAUGGAUCCUUGACAAAAAUUCAAGUUGGUAUUUCAUGUAAUCAUGAUCACUCAUGUCUUUCCCUGGAAAGUUAUAUGGUUCCAUAUAUGAGACAAUGAUGAAGGAAAGGCAUUUAAUUGGUAGGUUCUAUCAAUAAAUAAUGGUACCGUUAAACAACUUGUUUUGUAAACAAAACCAAAAAUCAACUAGAUUUUUUCGAUUCGAUUUAAAGAAGAUCCAUUCAUGCACAAUUUUCUAUUUUAUUUCUUCAAUCAGGAAACUUUUACAGCCACCACAAGAUUGAAAUAAUUUUGCAAUAAAUUAGGCUUUUCACUACAUAUUAAUAAAUUCAGAAAUUUUGCUAUAUUAAAAAAUUCUGAUAGAAUAAAUAGGGGUUGCAUUUGAAAUAUCAACAAAAUUUUAAAAAGUAUAGAUAGAAAGCCUUUGCAUGUCCACAGAAUAUUAACUCUUCAUUGAUUUCAACGAAAAAAGCAUUUUUUCUCAUUUUUGCAACAGUCCAACUUCUCAAAGAAAGGACCUUAAAGCUUUUGUUCACUUGAAAGAGCCCUUUAAUUUUCUAAAAUGAUGCACUGCCUUGAAACUUUUGCAUUUAUUUGGUAACAUCGUAUAAAAAUAAGGUUUUUUUCACUGAAAAACCAACAGACGAUCAACCUUUUUAAGUAUACAUAAGUGACUUUGAAAUGAUGCAUUAACUCAAUAGUUUUUUAAUCUGUUUUAAGAUGAGAAAGCAAUCAUAUUUUUUUAAUUGUUACAUUGAAAGGCCUUCUUACUAAAGAACUUUUCAAUAAUUCUCAAUACAUAUCCGGGUGAUAAAAUAUAAGUUUUAUAUAAAAUUAGCUAUAAUAUCAAAGGUUUAUUACAAAUCAAUGAUACUUGUAAUUCACUGUUUUUUCACUUAUUAUUUCUAAUGAAAAAAUUGUUAAGCUGAAUUUUCUCAAUUUGACUCUUCAUCAAAGGAAACAGAAAAAAGUGUUAUGAAUUCCAAAUGUUUUUGACCCUUUAGCUUUUGAGUCGGCUUUUUAUAAUAUGAUAAGCAGAUUAUUUUAUAUUGAGGUAAAUAUCAGUGAGCAUACUUGUUUCUGGAAACCACCAGUUCUUCAAUUUUGAAAUAUGCUUGAAUAAACAUUAAUGGGAAAAAAUCAUAAAAAAUGAAUUUAAAUAAUGAAAAGGAGCCUAUUUUUAGUGGUACCGUAACAGUUGUUUUUGAGUUCUGGUGAAUCAUCAAAUAUUUGAGAUGACGACAUUCUCUAUCAUCUAUUGAAAAAAAAUAUUCAGAAAGUCUAAAAGUUUGAAACAUUGAGUUAGUGUAUUUUUUCUUACUCAUGAUGAUAGUUGUUUGGAUUACUAACAAUGAGGAAUUAUAAAAAUGUUUGUUACUUUGCUUUCAUCGAAUUGUUGAUUAUAUAUCGAAGAAAAAUGCUUUAACACAAUUUAAAAUUGUCAUUAUUUAUAUAAACAGAGGCUAUAUCUUCCUAGUUAAGUGAUUAAUAUCCAUCGAGUUUAUUGAAUGAUUUAUGGAAUGUCUUUGAUAAAAUAGAGAUACCUGCCUUCUUCCAUAUAAAGUGUGUUGUGAACAAAUUUUAUUCCAUAUUUCAUUUUAUAUACCUAAGAUCUCAACUUCAAAGUGUUUUUUUUUAUGUAAUUCUGUAUGGGACUGAGAACUUACUUGUUCAACAAAUAUUUUCCAACAAGUGAAAGAAAUUUUGUAUAACAUAAAACUUCAGGAACAGUUUGAAAUUCAGAAGUGACAAUGUUUAAGAAACUACUGGCCUAUCAUCAUUUUUUAAAAUCUUGAAAUAAAAAAUAAUUUACGUCCAUUAUGAAAGACAAUAGCUGUGUUGUUAUUUAGAUAUUUCAAACUGAUUUUUAGAAUGCAUAUAAUUCUCAUUUUAUUCUUGGUCAUAUUUAUGUUGCAGCAAAGAACAUUCGUUAUUCACUUGUUGAUUUAAUUUUUUUACAACCGCUUUAAUUUUUCAUUAAAGUAUCAGUAUUUUUAAAUGCUUUUUCCAUUUGAAGUUUCACAAAUUUUGUUGAUUUAAUUGUUUAUCAUGCUAGAUAAAAUAAUGAAAAAAGAAUUUCCACUUUGUGGAAAUAACUUUAUUUUAUCUAUGAUGAAGGACCGAACAAUUAAAUGUUUAUCAUGUUGAAAAUUAUCCUUAUUGUUUAUGUGAUGAGAAAAUUUUACCUUUGACGUUUAUUAGGAUUAACAAUAUUUUGAAUAAAAUUAAGUAUUCAAUUUGAAAAACGAAAUCCUAGUCAUAUUGAAGUUUGAUAUUUACCAAAAAUUCCUGAAAUAUAUUGUUUUUUAAUUGUGAUAAUGCAACUCACAAUUUAGCAUAAGGUUAUCUCAUUUAAUUUUUUAUUAAAUCUAUAAAAUCCAAUUGUUAAGUAUUUCACCCAUCAAGAUGAUUAUUUCUCUAGCAAAAUGAUAUGCCAUUUUGCUGCUUUGUGAGCUUAUAUUAUCUUAGUUGUAAGUUGAAAUUUUUAUAUUUAAUUACUGUUUUUAUUUACAUAUAUAAUAUAUACUGUAUGUAAUAACGUUAA